AUGAGUGCGCCCCAACAAGACAACCCCGCCGCCCCGUCCGGCGCCACCGAUGCUGUGCUCAAGCCCUCGGACCCUGUGCCCGAAGGCGCCCUCGAGGUCAAGGGCUUCGAGUUCAACGACCAUGCCGGCAAGCAAGUCACCGUCGACGAGCUGGUCGCCGGCAUGAGCAAUAUGGGCUUCCAGGCGACGGCCGUGGGCGAGGCCGUCCGCGUCAUUGACGGCAUGCGCUCAUGGCGUGACCCCGAAACCGGCGACAAGACCACCGUCUUCCUGGGCUACACGUCCAACCUGAUCUCGUCGGGCCUGCGCGAGACGCUGCGCUACCUGGUCGAGCACAAGCACGUGUCAGCGAUCGUGACGACGGCCGGCGGCGUCGAAGAGGACUUCAUCAAGUGCCUGGCACCAACGUACCUAGGCUCCUUCCACACGUCAGGGCAAUCGCUGCGCAAAAAAGGCAUGAACCGGAUCGGCAACCUGGUGGUGCCGAACUCGAACUACUGCGCCUUUGAAGACUGGGUCGUGCCGAUCCUGGACGCGAUGCUGGCCGAGCAAGAAGCCAGCAAAGGCAGCGACGACGAGAUCCACUGGACACCGAGCAAGGUCAUCCACCGCCUGGGCAAGGAGAUCAACGACGAGCGCUCCGUCUACUACUGGGCGUGGAAAAACGACAUCCCCGUCUUCUGCCCGGCCCUGACCGACGGCUCGCUGGGCGACAUGCUCUACUUCCACACGUUCCGCGCCUCGCCCGCCAUGCUGCGCAUCGACAUUGUCGAGGACAUCCGCAAGAUCAACACGAUUGCCGUGCGCGCCAAGCGCUCCGGCAUGAUCAUCCUCGGCGGCGGCAUCGUCAAGCACCACAUUGCCAACGCGAACCUCAUGCGCAACGGCGCCGAGAGCGCCGUCUACAUCAACACGGCGCAGGAGUUUGACGGCAGCGACGCCGGCGCCCGCCCGGACGAGGCGGUCAGCUGGGGCAAAAUCAAGCUGGAUGGCGAUAGCGUCAAGGUCUAUGCUGAGGCUACCGUCGUCUUUCCCCUCAUCGUCGCCGCUACGUUUGCGAAACCGUAG